AUGCAUGCAAGAUGGGUGGCAGAUGCUUUGAGUAGGAGAGCUUCCUUGCUGGUCACUCUAGCUCAGGAGAUUGUGGGUUUUGAUCUCUUGAAGGAAUUGUAUGAGGAAGACGUUGAUUUUAAGGAGAUUUGGACCAAGUGCAGUAGCAAUCUUGCAGUUACAGAUUACUAUGUGAAUAAUGGUUAUCUAUUCAAGGGAAAUCGGCUAUGUAUUUCCAGUUCAUCAUUUAGGGAGAAACUGAUUAUAGAUUUGCAUGGCGGGGGUUUGAGUGGACACUUGGGUCGUGACAAAACUAUUACUAGCCUUGAGGAAAGAUAUUUCUGGCCACAGCUGAAGAAGGAUGUAGGAGUUAUUGUGAGGAAGUGCUACACCUGCCAGGUUUCUAAGGGUCAGUCCCAAAAUACUGGUCUUUAUUUACCUUUACCUAUUCCUGAAGAUAUUUAG